GGCGGGAGGCGUCGCUGGGGCGCGGCCCGCGUAGGGGGCGGAGGCGAAGGUCCCGCGAGCAAAGUCCAGGCUCCGCGGCCGCAGCGCCCCACGCGCCCCGCGGCUCGGACAGAAAGAGCUCGAGGUUGGAGGUUGACAUGGAUGUUGAGGCGGGAAGGAACGGAAGCGUCCGGUGCCCCGGGAGAGAGGAGGACGACUUUGAACUGAGCAGUAGCAGCAACCCAGACACGAAAAAAAAGGAGAGCGUGAACUUGAUUGGACCAUUAACCUUGUUUCGAUAUUCUGACUGGCAGGAUAAAUUAUUGAUGUCCCUGGGCACUGUCAUGGCCAUAGCUCACGGAUCAGGUCUCCCCCUCAUGAUGAUAGUAUUUGGACAAAUGACUGACAAAUUUGUUGAUACUGCAGGAAAUUUCUCCUUUCCAGUGAAUUUUUCAUUGUCAACGCUAAAUCCAGGCAGAAUUCUGGAAGAAGAAAUGACUAGAUAUGCAUAUUAUUACUCAGGAUUAGGUGCUGGGGUUCUUGUUGCUGCUUAUAUACAGGUUUCAUUUUGGACUCUGGCAGCCGGCCGGCAAGUCAGGAAAAUUAGGCAGGAGUUUUUUCACGCUGUUCUACGACAAGAAAUAAGCUGGUUUGAUGUCAGCGACACUACUGAACUGAAUACAAGGUUAACAGAUGACAUCUCCAAAAUCAGUGAAGGAAUUGGUGACAAGGUUGGAAUGUUCUUUCAAGCAGUAGCCACGUUUUUUGCAGGAUUCAUAGUAGGGUUCAUUAGAGGAUGGAAGCUCACCCUCGUGAUAAUGGCCAUCAGCCCUAUCCUGGGACUCUCUGCAGCUGUCUGGGCAAAGAUACUCUCCGCAUUUAGUGACAAAGAACUGGCUGCAUAUGCGAAAGCAGGAGCUGUGGCAGAGGAGGCUCUGGGGGCCAUCAGGACUGUGAUAGCAUUUGGGGGCCAGAACAAAGAGCUGGACAGGUAUGAGAAACAUCUACAAAAUGCCAAAAAGAUUGGAAUUAAAAAGGCGAUUUCAGCAAGCAUUUCAAUGGGCAUUGCCUUCCUAUUAAUAUAUGCAUCAUAUGCACUGGCCUUCUGGUAUGGAUCCACUCUAGUUAUAGCAAAAGAAUAUACUAUUGGAAAUGCAAUGACAGUCUUCUUUUCAAUUCUGGUUGGAGCUUUCAGUGUUGGACAGGCCGCUCCGUGUAUUGACGCUUUUGCCAAUGCAAGAGGGGCAGCCUAUGCUAUCUUCAAUAUUAUAGAUAAUAGUCCUAAAAUUGACAGUUUUUCAGAGAGAGGACACAAACCAGACAGCGUCAAAGGGAAUUUGGAGUUCAAUGAUGUUCAUUUUUCUUAUCCAGCUCGAGCUAAUGUCAAGAUCUUGAAGGGCCUCAACCUGAAGGUUCAGAGUGGGCAGACAGUGGCCCUGGUUGGGAACAGCGGCUGUGGGAAAAGCACGACAGUGCAGCUGAUACAGAGGCUCUAUGACCCUGAUGAGGGUACGAUUAACAUAGAUGGGCAGGAUAUUAGGACUUUUAAUGUAAGGUAUCUCAGGGAAAUAAUUGGAGUGGUGAGUCAGGAGCCAGUGCUAUUUUCUACCACAAUUGCUGAAAAUAUUCGUUAUGGCCGUGGAAAUGUCACCAUGGAUGAGAUAAAGAAAGCUGUUAAAGAAGCCAACGCUUAUGAGUUUAUCAUGAAACUACCACAGAAAUUUGAAACCCUGGUUGGAGAGAGGGGGGCCCAACUGAGCGGUGGACAGAAACAGAGAAUCGCCAUCGCUCGGGCCCUGGUUCGCAACCCCAAGAUCCUCCUGCUGGAUGAGGCCACAUCAGCCUUGGACACCGAAAGUGAAGCAGAGGUUCAGACGGCCCUGGAUAAGGCCAGAGAAGGCCGGACCACCAUUGUGAUAGCCCAUCGACUGUCUACAAUCCGAAAUGCAGAUGUCAUCGCCGGCUUCGAGGAUGGUGUCAUUGUGGAGCAAGGAAGCCACGGGGAGCUGAUGAAGAAGGAAGGGGUGUACUUCAAGCUUGUUAACAUGCAGACAUCAGGAAAUCAGAUGGAGUCAGGAGAAUUUGAUGUGGAACUAAGUAAUGAAAAGGCUGCCAUAGGAAUGGCCCCCAAUGGCUGGACAUCCCGCAUAUUUAGGAACUCCACCCAUAAAAGCCUUAGGAAUUCACGAAAGUAUCAGAAUGGCCUUGAUGUGGAAAUCAAAGAACUCGAUGAAAAUGUGCCACCAGUGUCUUUUCUGAAGAUCUUGAAGCUGAAUAAAACAGAAUGGCCCUACUUCGUGGUGGGAAUAGCAUGUGCCGUUGCCAAUGGGGCCCUUCAGCCGGCAUUUGCAAUCAUGUUCUCAGAAAUGCUAGCGGUUUUUGGACCAGGGGAUGAUGAAGUAAAGCAGUGGAAAUGCAACAUGUUCUCGUUGCUUUUUUUAGGUCUGGGAAUUAUUUCUUUUUUUACUUUCUUCCUUCAGGGCUUCACUUUGGGGAAAGCUGGUGAGAUCCUCACCACAAGGCUUCGGUUAAUGGCUUUUAAAGCAAUGCUAAGACAGGACAUGAGCUGGUUUGAUGAUCAUAAAAACAGUACCGGUGCCCUUUCUACAAGACUUGCAACUGAUGCCUCCCAGGUCCAAGGAGCCACAGGGACCAGACUGGCUUUAAUCGCACAGAAUGCAGCUAACCUUGGAACUGGUAUCAUCAUAUCGUUUAUCUACGGUUGGCAAUUGACCCUUUUGCUAUUAUCAGUUGUUCCAAUUAUUGCUUUAUCAGGAAUCGUUGAAAUGAAAAUGUUGGCCGGAAAUGCCAAAAGAGAUAAAAAAGAACUGGAAACUGCUGGAAAGAUUGCAACAGAAGCAAUAGAAAAUAUUAGGACAGUUGUGUCCUUAACCCAGGAAAGAAAAUUUGAGUCGAUGUACGUUGAAAAAUUGUAUGGAGCUUACAGGAAUUCUGUGCAGAAGGCUCACGUCUAUGGUAUUACUUUUAGUAUUUCACAAGCAUUUAUGUAUUUUUCCUACGCCGGUUGUUUUCGAUUUGGUGCGUAUCUCAUCGUGAACGGACACAUGCGCUUCAGAGAUGUUAUUCUGGUUUUUACAGCGAUUGUGUUUGGUGCGGUAGCUCUAGGACACGCUAGCUCCUUUGCUCCGGACUAUGCAAAAUCCAAGCUGUCUGCAGCCCACUUAUUCAUGCUGCUUGAAAGGCAACCUCUGAUUGACAGCUACAGUAAAGAGGGCCUGAGGCCUGAUAAGUUGGAAGGAAAUGUGACAUUUAAUAACGUCCUGUUCAACUAUCCCACUCGACCAGAUACCCCAGUGCUUCGGGGGCUGAGCCUGGAGGUGAAAAAGGGCCAGACGCUGGCCCUGGUGGGCAGCAGUGGCUGCGGGAAGAGCACGGUGGUCCAGCUCCUUGAGCGGUUCUACGACCCAAUGGCCGGAACAGUGCUCCUAGAUGGUCAAGAGGCAAAGAAACUUAACAUCCAGUGGCUCAGAGCCCACCUUGGAAUUGUGUCCCAGGAGCCAGUCCUGUUUGACUGCAGCAUUGCUGAGAAUAUCGCCUACGGAGACAACAGCCGGGUGGUGUCACAGGAUGAAAUUGUGAACGCAGCCAAAGCAGCCAACAUCCAUCCUUUCAUCGAGACCUUACCCCGCAAAUAUGAAACAAGAGUGGGAGAUAAGGGAACUCAGCUCUCAGGAGGUCAAAAACAGAGGAUUGCUAUCGCCCGAGCCCUUAUCAGACAACCUCAAAUCCUACUAUUGGACGAAGCUACAUCAGCUCUGGAUACUGAAAGUGAAAAGAUUGUGCAAGAAGCCCUGGACAAAGCCAGAGAAGGCCGCACCUGCAUUGUGAUCGCUCACCGCCUGUCCACCAUCCAGAACGCAGACCUAAUAGUGGUGUUUCAGAAUGGCAAGGUCAAGGAGCAUGGCACACAUCAACAGCUGCUGGCUCAGAAAGGCAUCUACUUUUCCAUGGUCAGUGUCCAGGCUGGGACACAGAACUUAUGAACUCUUGUUACGUCUUAAAAAUAAAUUCAAAUUAUAGCUUUCUCUGA